UAAUAACCAAAGCAGACAAACUAACCCAUCACAAAAAGCAAAGCAAACCCAACCUCACUCACUUCUCUGCCACUGCCCCUCCACUAUAUAUUAAACUGUUCUCUUGUCUUCUCUUCCACCGCCAUUAAUGGCUGCGAAGCUGUCUCGUCUUCUUCUCCAACCAUCUCCUUUUCCAAUUGCAAUUCCGACUCACCACCAUAAUUCAACCUGCACCAGAUUAAAGGCAAUCAGAGGAAGAAGAAGAAGAAGAUCAGCUGCGGUCAAAUGCGCUACUGAUUACGAUGAUAGUGAAGAAAUUCACGCCUUCUCAUCAGUAGAUCUUCAGAUCAGAUCUUCGAUUAACAGCAACAAUAACAUCAACAGCAAGGUUGUGUUCGAAGAUAGAGUGGUUGGGAUUGUUUGCUACAGAGAUGAAGUGAGUGGAGAAAUUACCUGUGAAGGAUACGACGAAGGGCCCCGAUUUUUGCGUCCAAGCAUUUCCAAAUUUGGGUUUAAUCCCAUCGCCAGAUUAGGACCGGAAGUUGGGAUAAUUGAGAUUCUUGAAAGGUGUUGGAUUCAAGAUGUGGACAACAAUUAAUUGACUUCAAUAAUGAUAUUAUUAUCAAUAAUAAAAGACAAUAAUAGAGACAAUAAAAUAUUAUUAUAAUAAAAUAUUAUUGGAGGGUGCGAGUAGAGACAAUAAUUAUAUAUUAUGUAUUCUUAUUUAACGUGUUGUAAAUACUCUCUUCUCCAUCAAAAUGGCCAUUAGUUUUUAUUUUA